GUGCCUCCCUGGACGGAUCCAAAAGUAGCCAAAAAGACCCGCGAAAUCAUGGAAGAAAUUGGACAGACUCCCGUGUCUCUAAGUAGGGAAAUCGAAGGAUUUGUUCUGAAUCGAAUUCAGUACGCAAUUCUUAACGAAACUUGGAACUUGAUCAAUGAUGGCGUUCUCGACGUUAAAGACACUGAUAAAGUUAUGUCUGAUGGGUUGGGACCUAGAUAUGCGUUCAUGGGACCACUUGAAACGGCGCAUUUGAACGCAGAUGGAUUUAAGAAUUAUUGCGAUCGUUAUGCUAAUACUAUUCAUGCUGUGAGCAAGACUUUUAAGCCGCUGCCGAAGUUUGAAGGACCAAGAGUUGCACAGAUUGCUGAAGAGCUGGAGAAGAAGGUGCCAUUAGAUCAACUGCAGGCUAGGCGGAAUUGGAGGGAUAUGUGCUUAACUAAAUUAAGCCAACUUAAAAAGGAAACAUAGUGUGUUUUCAGUACAUCGUUUUAUGAAAGGCUGUAUAAAGCUAUAUUACAAUUACAUAUUGUCGUAGUAGUAGUA